AUGUCGAAGCGUCAGGCGUCAGAAGCUCUCGAGGAGCUAGUAGGCUCACCAGCCUCCAAGAAGUCCAGAUUCGACGACUACACCAAGAGCCUAACCCCCAGCGCAAACGGAGAUGAUAACCACACGAACGGACUGCAACGGAUAGAAGACGAGGAGGAGGGCGAUGAUUUUGACGAUGAAGUGGAGGAAAAGGCGCCCAUCAGACAAGCUGCACCGACAGCCGGCUACGACGACUUGUACCUCGACACCAUCGAUCGCAACGUCCUCGACUUUGAUUUCGAAAAGCUGUGUUCCAUCAGCUUGUCCAAUAUCAACGUAUACGCAUGCUUAGUAUGCGGGAAAUACUUCCAAGGCCGUGGCCCAAAGUCACACGCCUAUUUCCACGCGCUCGACGAGGACCACCACGUCUACAUCAACAUGAGCACCCAAAAGGUGUACGUGUUACCCGAAGGAUACGAAGUCAUGAGCAAGUCCCUCGACGACAUCAAAUACGUCUCCGAUCCGCGCUACACCCGACAAGAAGUCGCCGAGUUCGAUCGCAAACCUCGCACCUCCCGAACCCUCCUCGGGAAAGAAUACACCCCCGGUUUCGUAGGAAUGAACAACAUCAAAGAAAACGACUACCUCAACGUCAUAGUCCAAUCCCUCUCCCACGUCUCCCCGCUACGGAAUUAUUUCCUUCUAGAAGACCUCUCCAAACGCGACGAGCUCGUCAAACGGACCUCAAUCCUCUUCCGCAAAAUCUGGAACCCUCGCGCCUUCAAAUCCCACGUCUCCCCCCACGAGCUCCUUCAAGAAAUCUCCCUCCGCUCCAACAAGCGCUUCACCCUCACGGCCCAGUCCGACCCGGUGGAAUUCCUAUCAUGGUAUCUCAACAACCUCCACCUCGGCCUAGGCGGCUCAAAGACAAAACCUCAUUCCUCCCCCAUCCAGCACAUCUUUCAGGGAAAGCUAAAAGUAGAAUCCCAAGCCAUCACCGCCAAAGCCGACGCGAGUGACAGGUUACGGUUUGAAGAGUCUACCCAAGUCCAAACGGACAUCUCUCGGUUCUUACUCCUCACGUUGGACCUCCCUCCCGCGCCUUUGUUUCAGGACGAACAAGAAGCCAACAUUAUUCCUCAAGUCCCACUGUCUUUACUCCUGGCAAAAUACAACGGCGUGAAAGCCCAGGAACUCAACGCCCAGCGGAAGCGAUACAGACUAAUGCACCCCCUCCCGCCGUUCCUCGUUUUUCAUGUGAAGCGCUUUUCCAAAAACAAGUUUGUCUCUGAGCGCAACCCGACGAUUGUGACGUUUGACGCGAGGAAUUUGGAUGUCGGGCCGUAUGUUGAGCCUGAUCCUAGUCACUGCCAGCCGGGGGAGCCGAUAUGGUAUGAUUUGGUCGCGAAUGUGGUGCACGAGGCGGUGAGGCAGAAGGAGGAUGUGGCGGAUAGCGCGGUGGGGGAGGAAAAAAAGACGUGGAAGGUGCAGCUGAGGGAUAAGAGCCGGGAUGGGGAGUGGGUGGUGGCGCAGGAUUUGUUUGUGGAGAAGAUUAGGGAGGAGCUGCUUUAUCUGGGGGAGACGUAUUUGCAGGUUUGGGAGAGGAGGGAUAGGCCUAGGGUGCAGGGGGGAAGUAAUGGGAAGGGGAAGGGGAGGAUGGCGUGA